AUGAAUGACAAAAAUCUCCCACUGGAGUUUUUACUGCAUUUGUUAUGUAGUCUCCAGCAUGCCCCUGGACCACAGUUUGAAAAUAUCAUGUGGCCUCAGCCUUCUUCCCCAGCCAGCGGGCCGGUGCCCAGGCGGGGUAACCACCGCGACAGCCCUGACAACCUUCGAGCGGUCUCAGGAAGACGAGAGCCUGACCCGCAGCGCCUCAGAGGAGGAUGCGACCGGGCCCCGCUGCCGUGCGGGCGCUUCACGCUCCCCCUGACCGACCGAGACGGCCCAAAUUACCCCGCGCCCCACAGCGGCUCCCGGGGAGCUACCGGGCUCCCAGGCCGGGCCGCACCCGCCGCCGGCUCAGGCGAGGCCCCCGGGGCUUCCCCCUGCCCCGGCGGCCCCGCGGCGGGCGGCAACGCGGGCCCGGCGCGCAACGGGGCCUGGGGAGCGGCGGCACCCGGCAAGGGAAGCGGCGAUGCGGCCGGACGGCCGCCAUGGAGGCCGCGGUGCGGCGGAGGGCGACAGCAGAGCGGAAGGGAAACGCCGGGAAGACCCUGCCCGCCCCUUACCCCAGGGCACACUCACCCACGGGCGCCGCUUCCCUUCCCGGUCUCCACCGCCCCGCCCGCACCACGUGCCGGCCGGAGAGAGCCAGAGCCGCCCGCCGCCAAGCGGGGCGCUGCCCGCCCCCGGCCCGGCCCCCUGCAGCCGGCCCCGGCGCCGCCCCACGUCCGCACCGACCGACCUGGUGCUCCGGGGAACCCCAGCAGGUGCCGCCCGCCGAGGCUCCCGCAGUCGGCGCUGUUCGCCGUUUGA